GCCUCUCAACGGCUUUCUCAUAAAGCCGAGCACCAAUUUCUAAACCCUAAAUUCAUCUCUCUCCGGAUUAUGAAUUCCCCACAAAACCCCCAAUUCUGAGCACCCAGAAACCAAUCCCCCCUGUAAAAAAAGUACAUAAAAAUCAAAUCUUUACCACAAUGGGUGAGGCCGAUUCAUCGAAGAAAGUUGCAGAUAGGUAUCUGAAGCGUGAGGUCCUCGGUGAAGGUACCUAUGGAGUCGUCUACAAAGCCAUUGAUACUCAUACAGGGCAGACAGUUGCUAUUAAGAAGAUUCGGGUGGGGAAGCAAAAGGAAGGGGUGAAUGUUACAGCGCUUAGAGAGAUUAAACUGUUAAAGGAGCUGAAAGAUCCGAAUAUUAUUGAGCUGAUUGAUGCGUUCCCCCAUAAAGGAAACUUGCAUCUUGUGUUUGAGUUCAUGGAGACGGACCUCGAAGCUGUUAUACGUAACCAUAAUAUAGUCCUUUCACCAGCUGACAUAAAGUCGUAUAUUCAGAUGACACUAAAAGGACUUGCUGUUUGUCACAAGAAAUGGGUUUUGCACAGGGAUAUGAAGCCCAACAACUUGUUGAUAGGACCUAAUGGACAGCUUAAACUUGCAGAUUUUGGUUUGGCACGAGUAUUUGGGAGUCCAGAUCGCAGGUUCACCCAUCAGGUCUUUGCACGAUGGUAUAGAGCACCUGAGCUGUUAUUUGGCACCAAACAGUAUGGACCUGGGGUGGAUGUUUGGGCGGCAGCUUGUAUAUUCGCUGAGCUUCUCCUACGACAACCAUUUCUGCAGGGAACAAGUGAUAUUGAUCAACUAGGAAAGAUUUUUGCGGCUUUUGGGACUCCAACACCUUCUCAAUGGCCUGAUAUGGUAUACCUUCCUGAUUAUGUGGAAUACCAGUAUGCUCCACCAUCUGCUUUGCGUAAAAGGUUUGCAAUGGCUAGUGAUGAUGCAUUUGAUUUGCUAUCAAAGAUGUUUACUUACGACCCAAAAGCUAGAAUAUCUGUGCAGCAGGCGCUAGAGCACAGGUAUUUUACAUCUGCGCCACUACCUACGGAUCCAGAUAAGCUUCCAAGGCCUGCUCCAAAGAAGGAGUCCAGCAAUACUAAGGUUUCAGAUUUCAAUCCAAAUGAGGGUCCUACUGUCUUGUCACCUCCAAGAAAGUCACGGAGAGUGAUGCCAGAACGUGUGAGUUUUGAAGGAAAUGCACCCCAAUCGGAUAAGGUUGAUGAUCAUGUUGAGUACAUGAGACAGGCUGCAGGUGAAAGUACAAGCAGGAAUGAACCGGUGCCAAUGUCAGUAGAUUUUUCUAUCUUUGGAGCAAAACCUCCAAAUAGGCCCACAAUAAACAGGUAAACACUAUGACAUAUGGCUUUCUAUUGCCUUUUACCCCUGUGCUCCCUCAAUUUUGUGUGACACUUUAGCUUGAAAAUGAAUCUAAGCCUUUCAUUCAUACUUUGGAGGUAAAAGAUCAUCUGAUCUGAUACUUUAUAUGGUGUAUCAAAGUAUACAUGACAUAAUCGCCUUUGGAGGAAGAAUGUGAUUCACCUAAGAUGGAUCCUCAUUUUUAAAAGCAAUUACUUAGAA